GGUUUUCAGAGAAGUACAGCCUCGUGUUUUCUCUCUCCCAUUUUCCACACAAAGAAAGCACAGCGCCCCUCGUAGGAAUGGAGGUGCACAUUGCCGCUAAACCAAGCAUCGCCAUAUUGAUGUCCCAACAACGUCGAGAGGGCAUAUGACAGUGGGAAUCCUAGUGAUGACUCUACUGAGCCCGGUGCCCCCUGAUUAGACUGGUUGGAUGUCCUCCUUAACAACUACAACAAUCAGCCUCUACCAAACCAACGUAGCAUCAGCUCUGCAGCGACCCCACCUGUCACCUGCAGCUUGGAGGAAACCUCCAAGGUGAUCCAGAGAACAUCCUGUGUAUAAUAUGUCCGGCUCUGUCCCAAGCCGCUCUCGAGUUUACCCUGAUGUAAACACACAGAGGCCUCGGGAGUACUGGGACUACGAGUCCCAUGUGGUGGAAUGGGGGAACCAAGAUGACUACCAGCUGGUGCGCAAACUAGGACGAGGCAAAUACAGUGAGGUGUUUGAAGCCAUAAAUAUCACCAACAAUGAGAAGGUUGUUGUCAAAAUACUCAAGCCAGUCAAAAAGAAGAAAAUCAAGAGAGAAAUCAAGAUUCUAGAAAACUUGCGAGGCGGUCCCAACAUCAUCUCACUUUUAGAUAUCGUCAAGGAUCCUGUGUCUCGAACUCCCGCGCUGGUUUUUGAGCAUGUCAACAACACUGAUUUCAAGCAACUGUAUCAAACUUUAUCAGACUUCGACAUACGGUUCUACAUGUUUGAAAUCUUGAAGGCCCUUGACUACUGUCACAGUAUGGGGAUCAUGCACAGAGAUGUCAAGCCACACAAUGUGAUGAUUGAUCAUGAACACAGAAAGCUCCGCCUGAUCGACUGGGGCUUGGCAGAGUUCUACCACCCUAACCAGGAGUACAAUGUGAGAGUGGCCUCGCGCUACUUCAAAGGACCUGAGCUGCUCGUAGACUACCAGAUGUAUGACUACAGUUUAGACAUGUGGAGUUUGGGCUGUAUGUUGGCCAGCAUGAUCUUCAGGAAGGAGCCUUUCUUCCAUGGACACGACAACUACGACCAGCUCGUACGGAUUGCUAAAGUCCUCGGCACAGAGGACUUGUAUGACUACAUCGACAAGUACAACAUUGAACUAGACCCGCGGUUUAAUGACAUUCUGGGCAGACACUCCCGUAAGAGGUGGGAGAGGUUUGUGCACAGUGAGAACCAGCACCUGGUGAGCACCGAGGCUCUGGACUUCCUGGACAAGUUGCUGCGUUACGACCACAACGCUCGCCUCACGGCCCGGGAGGCCAUGGAACAUCCAUACUUCUACUCCGUUGUUAAAGAUCAGGGAAGGGGCAGCACUCCUGGAGGAAUAGUUACCAGCUCCACUCCAGUCAGCUCUUCCAGUAUGAUGGCAGGUAUCACCUCCACAAAGGCACUGGCUAACAACGCUGGAUCACCUGUCAUUUCUGCCCCCAACACUCUGGCCCCACAAGUCCCAGCGGCCGGGGCACAGCCCUGAAACCUCCACCCCCUCCUCCCAGUGGCUGCCGGGGCACAGCCCUGAAACCUCCACCACCUCCUCCCAGCGGCUGCCGGGGCACAGCCCUGAAACCUCCACCACCUCCUCCCAGCGGCUGCCGGGGCACAGCCCUGAAACCUCCACCACCUCCUCCCAGCGGCUGCCGGGGCACAGCCCUGAAACCUCCACCACCUCCUCCCAGCGGCUGCCGGGGCACAGCCCUGAAACCUCCACCCCCUCCUCCCAGCGGCUGCCGGGGCACAGCCCUGAAACCUCCACCACCUCCUCCCAGCGGCUGCUGGGGCACAGACCUGAAACCUCCACCACCUCCUCCCAGCGGCUGCCGGGGCACAGCCCUGAAACCUCCACCACCUCCUCCCAGCGGCUGCCGGGGCACAGCCCUGAAACCUCCACCCCCUCCUCCCAGCGGCUGCCGGGGCACAGCCCUGAAACCUCCACCACCUCCUCCCAGCGGCUGGCGGGGCACAGCCCUGAAACCUCCACCCCCUCCUCCCAGCGGCCGGGGCACAGCCCUGAAACCUCCACCACCUCCUCCCAGCGGCUGCCGGGGCACAGCCCUGAAACCUCCUCCCAGCGGCUGCCGGGGCACAGCCCUGAAACCUCCACCCCCUCCUCCCAGCGGCUGCCGGGGCACAGCCCUGAAACCACCACCUCCUCAUGGGACCUCCUCACCUAUGUUUGUGUGGGCCCGUGGGUCGGUUCAGCCCACCCCACCCUCUACUAUGUGUUGGCCUGGCCAGUGGGUUUCCUUUUUAUUACGUUGAGAAGAAUGACAGAGAAAAGAUGUUGAAAUUGCUUUUUCCUGUUCAGUUAUAUUUUGAGAUCUGGACUUGACAUCAUGUUUUAUUUGUCACACCUGUCUGGAUGAUUUGGUCUAGGAAUUCUAAUACAAUGUAGACAUGAUGAAGAAGAAGAAGAGAAUGGAUAAUAACAUUUAUUUUGUAUGUCCCAAAUAUACAGUCUAGCUUGAAACAGUUUGUUUGGGGAUUCCUGCUGUUGCAAUACACUGAACCUGUAGACAACUUCACAAAACGAGACAGGAUUCUCUGAUGUAGCCCCCACUUGGCAGUGCUGGAUAGUUGCUCACACACUACUGUUAAGUGCAGGAGUUACCGGUGUUUGGAAGUUGUUAGAAGCUAUCGUACUUGGAUUGGACAUCUGUAGAUACUCUACAGUAACUGUUAGGUUGCAUGCACCAAAUGCUGACUAUCACAGGGUCAAUAGUUUGCCAAUUUGGUGUUACUUUUACUUCUGUAUACAUGUUUGUUUGUUUUUUAAUGCGGUCUCUUACACAUGAUUUUGAAUACAUAGGCAAUUUUGUAACUUUUUGUUUUUAUUUUGGGAGGAGUCUUAUCACUUGCAAAAAAAAAUCGACUUCAUAAAUAAACAAUUUUAAACAGGCA